GGCGCGUUGCCGUGGAGACGGGCUGGGCGAGAUGGGUUGGCCUGCAGAGCGCUGAGCAGAUCCUACUGCUUGUUCACGACUGCUGUGGUUGCCGCGUGAUCGCGGGGCAGGUAACCAGGUGAGUCCGGGCAGGGCAGCUCCAAGGAGGGAGACGAAGCCGGGGUUUCUCCGAAGAAGUCGAUUCCUCCCCGCGACGAGGGACCAUUGCUAUGGAAACCAGAGCGCCCGGCCGGCAGGGAUUGUGGCUCUCGGGUCGUGACCCGUCUUGUCUCUCCCUGACACCUUCGGCCAAGGCUUCGUGUGCGAUUGCUUCGUGAACGAACCUGCCCUCCCGCCCGCAGGAGAGAGUUUUCCAUGACGCAGCCUAGCAGAAAGAUGCAGCUUUUAUGCCUCACUGGCCACUGACCCACCAGCCUGAUGACAGCACUCCCGUGUACCUUCCCGGUUCAGUUCCGGCAGCCCUCGGUCAGCGGCCUCUCACAGAUCACUAGCAGCCUGUAUAUCAGCAAUGGAGUGGCCGCCAACAACAAGCUCAUGCUCUCCAGCAACCACAUCACCACGGUUAUCAACGUCUCGGUGGAGGUGAUGAACACCUUAUACGAAGACAUCCAGUACAUGCAGGUGCCUGUGGCCGACACGCCUGUCUCACGUCUCUGUGACUUCUUUGACCCCAUCGCCGACCACAUCCACAGUGUGGAGAUGAAACAGGGCCGCACGCUGCUGCACUGUGCCGCCGGCGUGAGCCGCUCAGCUGCCCUGUGCCUCGCCUACCUCAUGAAGUACCACGCCAUGUCCCUGCUGGAUGCCCACACGUGGACCAAGUCCUGCCGGCCCAUUAUCCGGCCCAACAACGGCUUUUGGGAGCAGCUCAUCCACUAUGAGUUACAGCUGUUUGGCAAGAACACUGUGCACAUGGUCAGCUCCCCUAUGGGGGUGAUCCCUGACAUCUACGAGAAGGAGGUCCGUUUGAUGAUUCCACUGUGAGCCAUCCCACCAGCACCUGCACUGGGGCCAGAGGUGCCGAUCUGCCAUUGAUCCAACACCAAGAUCUGAACUUGAACGUUCUACUUUUGUUGAUGCAGAAAAAUCCAGAUGAUGCCUUUUAUAAGGGCAAGAAAAAAGGAAGAGUACUGCAGCUGUAACCUUGUAAUCCAUAUCUUUAAAGAUUAAACUUACUAAAUGUAAGAUGGUGAAGAUAAGUUUCCUACCCUAUGAUUGACAGGUCCUGGCUGCUGGCAAGAGGGGAGGGUGAGGCAGGUGGUGCCCAAGUCAAAUAGACCAAUGCCCAAUGUGUUAUGGCAAGCCUGGAAUCCUGCAGCUCUCCCCAGCCCGACUAACCCAGGAAUGAGUCUGCCACAGUCCCACCUCAUUCUUUUCUAACCCAAAACUAGAACCUUAAGCAUCAUGACACCUCCUGUUCUUCUCACAGUAAAUGCCAACCUACUGGGUAAGUGGCCUUCAACUGGUACUCCAGGAGCCCUGGGGGCCCCAGGACAACCCUGCUUCCACCUCCAGCCACAGGGACCCAACCCUGGUUUUCUAGAUUGGAUUUACUUAUAAGAUAGUUUUCAAAGAAAGCAUUCCACUAUAUAAAAUUUUUUAAAAAUAUUUUUUUGAGUGCCGUUGUACUUGGCCUCAAAGUGCCCUUGGUGAUGGCCUACCAGCUUUUGAUGAAAUGUGGCAUUAGUCUCCUUCUCUGGGGCACGUGUGGAGAGCUGGCCUGACAUUAGGCCCCCCUCUCACAGGCCUUCGCUCGGAAGGCUGGAGCUGCAGACCAUAACCUAACCUUGUCACUUCUUCCCCAUGUGAUCUGAGGCCUCUUGGAGGCACGGUUUCCUCAUCUGUCCAAGCAAUGACAGCUCUUUUCUCACAGGAUUGUCGAGAAGAGUCACUGAUUCCUUAGUACAGUGCUUGGCACGUGGUAGGUGCUUAGUGUAACCAGCAGCUCGCGUCAUAAAUGGUGCUCUGGCCCUGCUGCUCUGGGUCAGCACAGUCAGUCUUAUAACGGCAGUUCCCCCAUCUGUGCACAGCCCUUUAUUGUUUACAAAGUGCUCUUCCUAAAAGUCAUCCUGUGUGAAAAAAAAAAUGGUUUAAGUCCUUUCAGACCCUACCUUAGAGGAGGCCUAGACUUUGAAGCCUUUUCAGAGUUCCCCUUUUGUUUAAUCAGUGUGCAACCUGGGGGUCCUAAAGCAAGGAGCACACUUCCAACUUCCCCCAAAAGGCCUUGUUUAGAUCGCUGACCGUUAGAGCCAGUGCCCUGGUCUGGCUAACCCACGAGUCCACGGGGGCACGUGCCAAAGGGGCAAAUGAGUGGCCCCCACCAGUAGGCCCCCAAAUCCAGUAUUGUUCAAAGGCCCCAAGGGCCUGAGGAUCUAGCUCAAGUCCAGCUAUUCUAAUCCAGAGGUUUUCAGACAAACAAUAUAUGAGACAAAAGCACAACUACUCAGGUCCAGAGUGGAGUGGAGAUGGAGGUCCACUGUCCUUUCUCUCCAAACCUACCCCACCCCCACUUCCACAAAGGGCAUGCCCAGGGGUGCAAUUUUAGGGUUGGAGGGAGAAGGAAAAUCAGUGUUCUAGACUGAUCUUCUCAUGUUACAGAUGAAUAAACAGACCCACAAACACCAGGGCUGGUGUAGCAGAGCCCUCACAAAGCAGCCUUUAUGGAAGAAAACUGGAUGAAAAAUUUCUUUUACAGCAUUUUACAGAUAAAUUUAUUUGGAUACAUUUUGUUUCCAUUUUUAAAAAUUUUAAAUUAUCAUACCAUAAAAUCAACUUUUUCAUAUGUGCAGUUCUAUGUGUUUUAACACAUUUUGUAACUACCUCCACAGUCAGGAUACAGAGUAGUUCCAUCACCCAAAAAAUUCCCUUAUGCUGCCCCUUUGUAGUCAAGCCUUUGCCCCACCCCAGCAUCUGGCAAACACUGAUCUAUUCUCCAUCCCUAUAUAUUUGCCUUUUCCAGAAUGUCACAUACAUAGAAUCAUAGAGGAUGUAAUCUUCGGACACUGGCUUCUUUCGGUGUAAUAUCUUUGAGAUUCAUACAUGUCACUUUUUACAGCUAAGUAGUAUUCUAUUGUAUGGAUGUACCACAGUUUGUUUUACAUUCACCCAUUGAAGGGUAUUUGGGUCGUUUCUAGUUUUGGGCAAUUUUGAAUAAAAAUUUGUAUAUAGGUUUUUAUGUGAACAUAAGUUUUCAUUUAUCUAGUGUGUAUAUCUUGGAGUGGGAUUGCCAGGUCAUAUGGUAAAGGUUAUAUUUAACUUUACAAAAAACUACCAGACUUCCAGAGUGGCUAUACCAUUUUGUAUUCCACUGUGAGAUCCAGUUUCUCGCCAGUAUUUGGUAUUGCCAAAAUUUUUUAUUGUAGCCAUUCUGAUAGGUGUGUGGUGUUAGCUCAUUGUGGUUUUAAUUUGCAUUUCCCUAAUGGUUAGUGAUGUUGAGCAUCUUUUUGUGUGCUUAAUUGCCUCCCACAUACCAUCUUUGGUGAAGUAUCUAUUCAACUCUUUUGCCCAUUUCUAAAUUGGGUUAGUUUUUCACUGUUGAAUGUCGAGAAUUCUUUAUAAAUUCUGGAUACAAGUCGUUUGUCAGAUAUGGAUUUGUAAAUAUUUUUUCCCAGUCUAGCUUGUCUUUUCAUUCUCUUAAAAGUAUCUUUUGCAGAGCAAAAGUUUUUAAUUUUGAUGAAGUGCCACUUACCAAUUUUUCCUUUUCUGGAUUUGGUAUCAUGUCUAACAACUCUUUGCCUAACCCCAGAUCACAAAGAUUUUCUCUAAUAUUUUAAAGUUUGAGAGUUUAAAUUUUUCACUUAUUUCUAUGAUCCUUUUUUAAAAGGUGUGAGGUUUAGUUUGAGGUUCAUAUUUUUUCAUAUGGAUGUCUAAUGGUUUCGACUCCAUUUGUUGAAGACUGUUCUUUCUCCAUUGAGCUGCCUUUCCCCGUAGGUCUAUUUUUGGACUCUUUAUGUUCUAUUUAAUAUAUGUGUCUUUCUCUUCACUAAUACCACACUAUCUUGAUUACUGUAGCUUUACAGUAAGUCUUAAAAUUGGAUAAUGUGUCUUCCAAUUUUCUUCUUUGUCAAAAAAUUGUUUUGGUUAUUCUAGUUUCUUUGCCUUUCCAUAUAAAUUUUAGAAUAAACUUGUCUAUAUCAACAACAACAAUAAAAAACCUGCUGGCAUUUCGAUUGAAGUUAUGUUAAAUCUAUUGACCAAUUUGAGGAAGAUUCCAUUGAAUCUUCUGAUCCAUGAACACGGUAUGUCUCCCUACUGAUUUAGGUGCUUGAUGUCAUUCAUUAGUGCUUGGUAGUUUUCAGCAUACAGAUCUUAUAUAUUUCAUUAUAUUUAUACUUAAAUAUUUCAUUUGAGGAAGGGCAUUGUAAAAAAUUUUUUUUUAAUUUUGGUUUCCAAUUGUUCAUUGUUAGUAUAUAGAAGUACAAUUAAUUUUGUGUUGCCCUUAUAUCCUGUGACCUUGCUAAAUUCACUUAUUCUAAGAGCAUUUUUGUAGAUUCCUUGGCAAUCUACAUGUAGACAGUCAUGUCAUCUGCAAAUAGAAGUAGUUUAUGUCUUUCUUUCCAAUCUGAAUGCCUUUGAUUUCUUUUUUUUAUUACACUGGCUAGAACUUCCAGGAUGAUGAUGAAUAUGAGUGGUGAGAAUAGACAUUCUUGCCUCGUUCCUGAUUUUAGAAAGUGUUCAGUCUUUUACCAUUAACUAUGAUGUUAGCUACAGGGUUUUUGUAGUUGCCCUUUAUUAGGUUAAGGAAGGGUUGGAAAGUAUUUUCUCCUCUUCUAUUUUCUGGAAGAGAGGUGUGAAUUGGUGUUAUUUUUUCUUUAAAUGUUUGGUAGAAUUCACCAGUGAAACCAUCUGGACCUGGAGAUUUCUGUUUCAGAAGGAUUUAACAAUGAAUUCAUUUCCUUUUAUAGUUAAAGACUAUUCAAGGGGCUGGCCGGGUGGCGUAGUGGUUAGGUUCACGCACUCCACUUCGGCGGCCUGGGGUUCGCCAGUUCGGAUCCUGGGUGCAGACCUACGCACCACCCAUCAAGCCAUGCUGAGGUGGCGUCCCACAUAGAGCAACUAGAAGGAUGUACAACUAUGACACACAACUAUCUACUGGGGCUUUGGGGAGAAAAAAAAAGGA